AUGCCACAACAAUUUUCAGGGACGUUGGAGUGGUUUGGCGCAACGACCUUCCGGCUUCGUACCCGAGGGUUGACGAUAUUCCUGGAUACGUGGCUGGAGAAGCCUGUUUCACUGGGGAAAUGUCUGCCAAUAUCAGAUGUCCAUGAAGCAGACUACAUCUUCAUAUCUCACGCUCACUUCGAUCACUUACCCGGCGCAGACAAGAUUGCUAAACAGACUGGAGCAAUAGUGUAUGCCAACUGUGAAGCUGUCAACCUCCUCAGGAGGGCGGGAGUCCAAGACUCGCAACUGAUCGCCGUGCAAGGUGGCGAGCGCAUUCCACUUUUCACAAAGAAAAUCCGUGAGCAAGCCACCAAGGGAGAAAUACCACUUAGGCCAGGACCACCGGGAGCACCGCCUCAUCCUCAUCCUGACCACGCUGUCUUAUCAGUUGAUGUGUGGCCAGCCUUACAUUGUCUCAUUCCUCGUCACGACCAAAUUCCAGACGUCAUGGAUACUGGAGUCAUCUACCCCGGCCCAGCACAUCCUUAUGUUUGCACGUUUGAUGUUAACUUUGGCAUGAAACAUGGGCUUUUGCAGAUCGACAAGCAUGUGCCGGAAUCCCACCAAAACGCGGGCAUGAAGGCCUUCAUAAGAUAUAUUCGGGACAGAGAGUCCCAUGUGUUUUCCGAUCAUGAUGGUGGGCAGCUGAUGUACAAUUUCCAUGUCGACCGGGACCAAAAGGGUUUAUUGUGGAGUGCUCACUUGGGUGGCUAUGAAGGUAUUUUGCGAAUGCUCGAACCGAAGCCUCACAUCGCGGUUCUUGGGAUUGCCGGAAUCGCAAACCAUAAUGGACGGCCAUUCAAUGGAUCAGCUGCCGACUAUGUCUCUGCGCAAGUCAGAUGGCUUGGAGAGCCGGCACAAGUCAUCUGGUGUUUACACGACGAGAGGCAAGUUUGCAUUGCUCCCUAUUACGUAAAGACGGAUGUCGCCACACAGAGGGUGGAACAAGAAACUUCGUCCAAGGUGACGGGCAUGAAGAUUAUGGAGCUCAUAGAGUUCACCUUCUGA